AUGGGCACGUUCGUGACCCUGGCGGAGGUGCUAGAGGCCCGGGGGUCACCUCUGGAGGAGGAUGAGGUAUGGUGUCUGCUACUGGGCACUGCCGAGGCCUUAAUGGACAUCUCCCACAAAGGUCCUGGUAACAUGUGCAGUGUACUGAGCCCUGGCUCAAUGCUGCUGUCAGUCACUGGGAACCUUGCUUUUAAGAGCUGUGCCCGGUCAGAGGACCUGGGCUCCUUCACUGCUCCAGAGGUACAAGAGGGGCACGCUGCCUCCAACAGGACGGCCUCGGAGAAGAUGAUUGUAUAUUCCCUAGGAAUGACCCUCUUCUGGUCCGUUGAUUAUCAACUACCUCAAAACCAGCCCAUUCAGCUGAGUGACAACCUAAACAACCUCUUGCUGAGUAUGUGUGAGGACACGGUCCAGAGACGAGCAGAUCUCGUGACUGUGCUGGAGACCUGUGAACAGCACAUCAAGGCUGCUCAACUGCCCCCACCAGAGAUGCUCAUCAGACAGCUAGUAGAAGAUGUGUUCAGGGACUCUGUUGAUCAUGUGUCCAUGGCUGAGAAUGGUCCUCAACUUACUGACCGGAGUCAGAUGGUCAGAGAGAGGCUUCACAGUCUCUCAGGAAGUGCCUCAUACCACAACUCUACCUGGGCACUGAGAAACAGAAGCACCCCAACAUUCCAAGCCGAGCUCAGCAGAGGAAUUCCCCAGGGGUCACGUCACAGAGAGAGUUCCUGCAGCUAUCAGUCACGUAGCCCCUGUAGCCCUUACCUGGAUGGCUUUCGCCGUGGCAGCGUCAGACCAGUACUUUACACAUAUCUAAACGAGUCCACUGUCAGUCUUAAUGAAAAGAAAGCCAAGGAUAUGGGUCCUGAGUUCAUUAGAAAGUUAGACGAGCCUCUGGUUGUCUUGGAGCUGCCCGGAUCUAUUGUGUCAAAGAAAGGGAAGUCUCCCUCCACUAUGAGGGAGCUGAGUGUGGUCAUGCCAAACGGACAGAGCAUCCUGGUCAAGUGUGACGUCAAGUCAGGAGGAGGGGAUGUCUUUGAUAUGAUCGUUGCCCACUCCAACCUGGUGGAACACUUCUACUUUGGCCUUGCUUACAUUGAUGAUAAUGAGUUCUUCUUUCUGGACAAUGACACAAAGAUAUCCAAGGUUGCCCCCGACAGUUGGAAGAAAGUGCCUACCUCCACGUUUGUCCUUUUCUUCAGGGUGAAAUUCUUUGUCCACGACAUCUCUCUCCUUUUGCACAAACUGACUCGUCACCAGUACUACCUACAGCUGAGGAAAGAUAUACUGGAGGACAGGUUGGCCUGCCAUGAAGAGACAGGCCUAUAUCUGGGUGCCUUGGCUCUCCAAGCAGAGUAUGGAGACUGCAUGCCUGAGGUUUAUGGGAGGAACUACUAUCGCCCAGACCAGUACGUUGCCAAGAGCGUCAUGGAGAAAAGAGCCUUGCCUUACCUAAAGGAGGAAUUGCUAAGGUUACAUGCCAAUAACUCCACGAUGAGUACCGACGAGUCCGAGCUUGAGUUCCUCAAGACCACCCAGCAGCUUCCUGAGUAUGGCGUUAUGUUCUACCGCGUGGGUCGUGAGAAGAAGCCAGUCAUCGGAGAGCUGAUCCUAGGAGUGUGUGCCAAAGGAGUCAUAGUGUAUGAAGUUAAAGAUAGCUCCCGCUCCACGAGUCAGACAUUCCACUGGCGGGAAACGGCCAGUAUUUCCUCCUCUCACCGUAAAUUUGUCAUCGAGAGCAGAGGGAGCAAGAAAAAGCACACCUUAGUCACAGAGAGAUCCAAGACGGCCACGUACCUGUGCAACCUCUGUUCUGCCCAGCACAAGUUUCACAAUGAGAUGAACUCUCGUCAGCUCAGCCACAGUCUGGCUUCAGAGGAGAGCAUAGUGCAGUAUGCGGCAGUGUGUCGGGCUCAGAACAGCCAGAUGAACAGCCAGAUGAGCCAGUGCUCUGUCUCUGAGACUAUACGGACAGACAGCGGUCUGACCACACCGCAGGACGACUCCAUGACCAAACUGUGUGAUGACAUUGCCGCCAAAAUCGAGGCGCGAGUCAAACAGCAGCGUGUCCUCCACGAGCAGGGCAGAGGGAGACCAUUGUCUGGGAACCUGUCUCCAGCCCUGUCUCGUGGGUCUGGGAAGUGUGGGUCUGAGGCCCCCUCCUUGUCUUCAGCAGCCAGAGAUACCCUAACGAAGAGUGUCAUACCAGAGAGAGAAGUAAUUUGUGUGUCCUUAAAGAAAGUCCCGAAGCUCGGCGUAGGUAUUGUGAUAGUUGGAGAAGACACGGUGGGGAAGUACGACCUGGGUAUCUUCAUAGCAUCCAUCGUGCCGGGAGGACCAGCGGAUAAAGAUGGCCGCAUCAGACCAGGUGGGCGUCUGAUCUCUCUGAACCACACCAGUCUGGAGGGCGUGACCUUCAGUGAGGCUGCAGAGAUUAUGCAGAACAGCCCAAUGGAGGUCACACUCAUCGUGUCCCAGCCCAAAGUUUCCUUGACACCCAACAAUGUGAGAUCUCCGCUAUUGAAGAACUACGAGUCCCAGACCACUUUGAUGACUGAUGUGCGCUCUACGGAGGACAACCUGGAUGAGAUCGUGUCUGUCAUGUUGACUCCAAAGACUGGCAGUAGACUGCAACUCCCUGACGUACGCAUCCUCAAUGUUCAGGAUGGCUGCUCCAGGGCUCCUUCCAUGAACUGCUUCAGGGGUGAUGAGAUCUCUGUGGAGCUGAAGAAGAAAGCUGGAGGUUUAGGGAUCAGUAUCGCUGGUGGUGUGAACACAGGCCUGCGUCAUGGCGGUGUCUUCAUCAAAAGCCUAGUCUGUGGUGGGGCUGCUGAGCAAGAUGGCCGCAUCCAGUCAGGUGACAGACUGCUGGAAGUGGAUGGCAUCAGGUUUCAAGGGUUCACACAUCAGCAGGCUGUGGAAUGUCUGGCGAAAACAGGAGAGGUGGUGACCAUGGUCUUGGAGAGGGAGAACAUGACCCUGCCCAGGGUGUCUCUGAGCCCAGACACAGGGCGCAGUCUCAUGGGGCGCAGCCUGUCCCCUCAGAGUGCUCACCUGGACAUCACCCAGAUGAGGAACAACAGCUGCCCCACCAUCAUCACCCCCUUCUUCGUCAGGCCCAAGGACUACAGCUUUGUGUCUGACAAUAACACUCUGGAGGUGACCUUGAAGAAGAGCCUGAAUGGCUUGGGCUUCAGCUUCCUGGUCCCUGAGCUCAACCCCUCAAAAGGAGACUCAGGCAGUAGUCUUGUCCGGAUCAAGAAGCUUUUCCCUGGCCAGCCAGCGGAGGAGAGUGGGCAGAUCCAGGAGGGAGACGUCAUCCUGGCAGUCAAUGGAGAACCGCUGAAGGGAUUGUCCUACCAGAGGGUGGUCAUGCUGCUGAGAGGCUCUCCUCCUGAAGUCCGGUUGUCUUUGUGCCGUCCUGCUCCAGGAAUUCUGCCUCCCAUUGAAACAAUUCUUAGCACCUGAGUGAUGUAACACCACAGUAUGUGAGCACCAAUGGGAGUUCCGGAAUAUACUUCCUGAGAGACAGACAGGAGAUCUUCGAGGAGCAGGACAAGUGGAGAUCUGUCCAGAAGAAAGAGCAGGACGGGGGAGACGCCUGGCCCUCCCUACACUGCAGCAGAGCCUUGGCCUGAGGGACUACAGUACCCACCUAGAUGGUGGGUUGAUGCAUCACUGCAUUCUAUGAGUCAGAGGUGUUGCAUGAGUCCCCCCGCAGACAAGAACUAACUGUGUCAAGCAGGAGGCACUGCUUAGGGCAACUCAUGUGAAGUGAUGAAAAUGCUAAAUAAUGGAAAUAUCUUGUUAUUCAGGUAAGUAGGAGUUAGUUAGUUGAAGGUCUAGUGGCACUACUGUAUGAAAUAUGUAUAUUCAGAUCAAGUCAAUGGCCUUUUCUCUUUUCCUAGAUUAUGUAGUUUCAUGUUAUCACAUGUUGCUUUACUUGUUGUCACACGUUAUCACAUUAACUUCACAUAAGACCAUAUGCGAUCACAUGGAAAUGUGUUUUUGGAAAACUUCAUGUGUUCACAUUAAAUUAAUGUGGUUGGACUAGGGCAGUGGAGUUCUACAGUGUGAACCACUGACAAUAAGGAGAGCACUAUUACACACGCUCAAUUGAAUUGAAGGUGAGGGGAAUUUAUUAACCAUGGUUUUGUGAACUGUAUGGUUUUGCCUGAUGCGGAUGUGGUUUCAGUUCUGUGUCAGUGGCACAGAAAGACAGACAGGAUGUAACGCAUACAAAGGUAGAGAGGAUACACGGUUGAAGCACUAUGGUCACAUAGGGAGGCUUGAUAAAGAAACAGUACUUAACCACUGUCCUGCUUUAAAUACACCUCAAUGUUCUGUCCUGUACAGUUCAGUAUAUCCCCCUGAUAGUGUUUGUGAGUGGAGAUCAGGUGAAGUACUUAGGGCAAUACAUCACAUCCAUUUAAGGUCAAACAGAACAGAGCUCUUACAAAGUGAUCUCAGUCUUUCUUUGCCUGGUAGUGGAACUACCAAUUCACACGUGCAGUUAAAACGUACUAGUUAAAUGGAUCCGAGAUUUUAACAUUGCACAGGGCUACAGGACCUAUACUGUUGCCGUCUUAUCCUGCUGAACAAUUUAACAUUCAUAUUAACCGUAUAUAAUAUAGCCUGUAGGAUGAUCGCAUACAGAAGGCACCACAAAUGCAGUGCAUAAUCAAAGAAAAGGUAAGUAAUUAACUUAUUAUUUGAUCCAUAAAGGUAUUGUCCACUGGGAGGCAGCAUAGGGCUGAAAACAAUCCCCUAUCCACAGUUGCUGUCCCUAAAUCAUCCCUCCUUUGCCUCAAACCCAGACAGAGCUACAGAAUGUAAUCUAGUGCAAAGUGAUGACUGCCCCUGAAAGCACAUGAAAGCAUCUGAAAUGAACUUUACAUCUGACUGAUGAUACACUCAUACAUUCAUCUUCUAAUGAACUCCUACCUCUGUUUAGUCAUAAACCUACUGUAGGAUCACACUGAUUCUGACAUGGGGCCUUAGAGCCACACUACAUGAUGUGUAGACUACUGAAUGGCAUCACCCUAAAUUAGUGGCAACUCAACCAUGUGGAGGUACAAGCAGAACAAACCCACCUGUCAAUGGGGCAAGAAAUAGUGACAUUAGAUUCUGUUCUUGUUUCUGAAUUCUACAGUAUUAAACUCUUCUGAACAUCAUCAGUGGUCUUGCCGUUGUGAGUGUGUGUUUUCAUAACUGGAGAACCCCCAAGUUAACCCACCGGGAGGUACAUUAAUGUGUUUAACAUCUACAUGGUGUGUUUAGAAAUACAGUGCCUCCAAGAUGAUGUAUGAUGUUCUUCACCACCAGUCAGCCUUCAGACUGGCUUUGACCUCCAGAGUAGACUGAACGGCGUGUACCCCCCCUAGAGCCGAGCCGAUACAAGCCAGAGGGCCAUCCUCUUUUGGGAGUCUGGAUAGGGGGGAUGGAGAUGAACUCCUCUCCCCCCGACCAGGAA